CCAUGUUUGUGAGCCUUUGUACUGUGUGUUUGUGUGGGUGGGAUCUCGCUCACGUUGCUGCUGCUGACGCUGACACUAGAGUCGAGCAACUGUCAGAAAAGUAGUUUGGUGGUACGUGAUUAUUUGUCUUCGCUGCCAUGGAGUCACUGGAGAAAAAUCACCGUUACCUAUCAUCGUUAUGCUGUGUCUUUGUGUUGUGUGUUCAGUUGCAGUUGGGUAUAACGGGAGACUGCCCUGCAGACGGACGCACCUGGGUACCAUUUGGAGGCGGAUGUUACUACUUUGUCCACGGAGAAGAAGACACAAUCAAAAGCUACACUUUUGAAAGAGCAAAAACACUCUGCCAAGGAUUUGAGCUUUUGACCAUCCAGAGCGCUGAGGAGAAUGACUUUGUCAUUAAAUAUAGCCCAGCAGUGUGGAAAAACAAUGUCAACGUGUGGCUGGGAAUGUAUUAUGACACAAACAGUGAGGACAUGAGGUGGUUCGGUGAGCAACCUGUAGGAUUCAGUAACUGGGAAGACAUCUUGUCUUCGUCAGACCUCUUGCCCUUGGAUACAUGUGUGGCUCUGCACAGCAACACAGGAAAGUGGGAAAAUGUCAGCUGCCUGGAACAGGCAGAGAAUGGAGUGGUCUGUGAGACAAAUCAGAAGGCAGAGGAAGCCAAACCGAAACCCAGCGCGCUGCUGUCCGCCCUGGUCAUUCUCAGCGUGGUGGCUAUCAUGGGAGUCUCAGCAGUCAUUUGGUUCCUGCAGCAUAAGUACAACCUUGGCUCCACUAUCCUCACGGCAUUUGAGUACCACCCCCCGUUCCGAGUCCUGGACACAGACCGGUCCUGUUUGGUGGAGGCUGAGGAGACUGACAGCGUGCCAUAGGAGAACCUUCCCUCUGUUCCACAACAGGAAGCACCAGGCCCUCCUCACUGGGUAGAGAAAACAGUUACUGAAAUAGUUUUGGGUUAACACGUUACACACGACUCAGAAUAAUGUAUAAACUGACGUCAGGCUUACUCGAAUACUAACGUCUCACUGUUGCACAUUAACAUCUCACUGCUUCUGCUUUUUUUUUUUUUUUUUUUUGUCAUCUGCACUAAUGAACAAUCAUCUGUACAUUUUUGAGAUUGGUGCAUCAGCAACUUUGCAGCCUGGUCUACGUGUCAUGUGUAACAUUAUUAUCAAGCACUACACAUUCCUUGAUAACCUUUGGUAUCAUUAUUUCUCUCUUGCAUAUUAAAAGUAACCAACUAUUGCUCAUGGAAGGGAUUAAAUAAAGAGCAAAGCUUUCAUACUUUUUGUGAGCAGACAGAAAUGCUCAGCGAUUUAGUAUUGCAUUGCCAUAAACCUUGAGGGACUAAAAAGAGGAAUAUUGAAAUAAGAAUGGGCAAUUGAUGCAGCAGAGAGUGAGACACCCUGAUGUUUAGUCCCUAGUGUGUAUCAAGCUCUAAAAAUGCUGGAUUCUACAUUUCACAUAAUGCAACCAAUCGCAUGCUUCCGUUAGACCCUGACUGCCUGGUAAAUGCUCGUCUUUUAAACCAGUGGUCCAUUUUAAGCAGUAUUCAAAGAAACAGGAAUUCUCAAUCGCAGGCUAUCAAGGGGACAUGUAAAUAGCUUGAUCCAAACAAAAACCCAGCUUGAGUUUGAGCAAUUGCCUUGUUAUUUCACACGUAAAUUUUCGCAUGUAAAUGUAGCCAGUGAGGUGGAUUUGCAUAGUCUGUAAAGCAGAUUCUUUUCCAGGUUAAAUAUCAUUUUGAAAUGGAAAGCUGUCCUAAACCAAUACUGCUAGAGAAUGUCCUGACAUGUUUCCUUGCAUAAUGUCCUGGGCUUCACUUUUUAUCGGGGCAAGGUAUGAGACUUGCCAAAAUAUAACCAGUAAAGCUAAAUUUUGUUAGAAAUCAUAACACUGAUGAAACUGUCUGCAUUCAUUCCAGGAUAUUUUCAAGGUGGCUUUCAUGACAAUAAUCUACAUUCACAGUUCUCCCGUUCUUUUAUUUACUCUGCAAAAGAACAAUAUGUAUUUUUUUGUGUUUCCUUGCUGCCCCAUGAAUUCCAAUCUUGGCAUUAUCAUUGCUUUAUUUUUAGGAGAGUGGUCAUGAGUUUGGUGUUGGAAAUACUGUAAGUCCUCCUGUGGCAAUAAAGACAAUUGAUAUUUGGCUAUGUGAUGGGUGUAGUUUAAAAUGAUGACAAAAUACUUAUAUUACAUUGUGUAAAAUACCCCUCUUAAUACUUAUGUACACUUUUAACAGCAUAAAUGGUUUGGUGCAAUAUUUGAGAUUCAUUUGGCAGGAUCUGAGCCCCUGUGUGUUUUCAUAAUAAAGUAUGUGUAACUAUAA